AAGAGGACGUCACAAGAAAACAGCGUCGUUUUGAUUCUUCAAACUUGAAAGCGUGGAGGGGUGCUGUGACGGGGAAGACGGAGGAAGGAAGAGAAGAGAAAUGGCGAAUGAAGCGGUCAAGUAUGUAUGGGAAGGAGCAAUUCCUCUGCAGAUUCAUCUCCACAAAUCCGACGUUGCUUCUCACCCUUCUCCUCCUCCUGCUCUUGUGUUAGCACCAAGAAUAGGAUAUUUGCCUCUGUUGAUUCCUCAUAUAAAGCCUUAUUUCAAGGAUUCACUUCCUCCUGGUGAAGAUUCAAUCUGGUUCGAUUACAAAGGAGUUCCUUUGAAAUGGUAUAUACCAACAGGCGUUCUAUUCGAUCUCCUAUGCGCAGAACCAGAACGACCUUGGAAUCUCACGGUACACUUUAGAGGAUAUCCUAGCAACAUACUGAUACCCUGUGAAGGAGAAGAUUCUGUAAAAUGGAACUUUGUUAAUUCUUUAAAAGAGGCACAGUAUAUCAUCAAUGGAAAUUGCAAGAAUGUUAUGAAUAUGUCUCAGAGUGAUCAAGAGGAUCUAUGGACCUCUGUCAUGAAUGGUGAUCUUGAUGCCUACACAAAAUUAUCACCCAAGCUUAAAAUGGCAACUAUCGAAGAUGAGUUUUCAAGAAAAGCAAGCUUGUCAUCUCCACAAUCUCGACAAGGUGCGACUGAGAUGGAUGUUGCUGGACAAAUUAAGACAGCAAGAGUUCCUGUUCGGUUGUAUGUUCGGAGUAUAAAUCAAGAUUUCGAGAAUAUUGAAGAUGUACCUGGGAUCGAUACAUGGGAUGACAUUUCCUACCUAAAUCGCCCUGUUGAAUUCCUCAGAGAAGAAGGGAAAUGCUUUACCUUACGCAAUGCCAUUGAAAGUCUCCUCCCAGAGUUCAUUGGAGACAGAGCUCAAACGAGUGGAGAAGAAAGAAGCAGGGAUGAUGAUAAUACAGAAGAAGCAGAUGGGUUGCUGCGGGAGAUGGGUGAAAUCAAACUGGCAAGGAUCCAAGGGAUAGAAAUGAAACUAGAGAUACCGUUUUCGUGGGUGGUAAAUAACUUGAUGAACCCAGAAUUCUAUCUCCAUAUCUCUGUUCUUGUGAAAGCUCCCCAAAGGUGAAAAGUAAGGAGAUUCUCUGCAGUUACAAUCCAUCUGUGAAUUGAUCAAAUUGUUAUCUCGUUCGGUCUUGCAAAAGCCAAAAGAAUCGAUGAUUUGUUUAUAUACAGCUACUUCCUGAUGGAACCAGAACUCAGAAUACAGAAAGAAAAGAAAAAAAAAAAGGUAGAAAGAUUAGGAAAUAUUUGAUUGA